CAUCAACCUUCAGACAACCACAAACAGCAAAGCAAACUUGAGGCUAGCCACCAUGAAGGUCUUCAUCCUGGCUCUCCUCGCCCUCACAGCAACCACCGCCAUUGCCCAGUUGGAAACCACAUGUAGCCAGGGCUUCGGACAAUACCAACAACAGCAACAACCUGGGCAACGACAGUUGCUGGAGCAGAUGAAGCCGUGUGUGGCAUUCCUGCAACAACAGUGUAGGCCACUGAGAAUGCCAUUCCUCCAGACACAGGUGGAGCAGCUUAGCAGCUGCCAGAUCGUGCAACACCAAUGCUGCCAGCAGCUAGCGCAGAUCCCAGAGCGAAUCCGGUGCCAUGCCAUCCACAGCGUGGUAGAGGCUAUCAUGCAACAACAAUCCCAACAACAAUGGCAGGAGCGCCAACAGCAAGCACAACAUAAGAGCAUGAGGAUGUUGCUUGAGAACCUAUCAUUGAUGUGCAACAUCUAUGUCCCGGUACAAUGCCAGCAGCAACAACAAAUGGGGCAACAACAACAACAACAACAGUUGCAGGAGCAGUUGACACCGUGUGCGACAUUCCUCCAACAUCAGUGUAGCCCAGUGACAGUGCCAUUCCCCCAGAUACCGGUGGAUCAGCCUACCAGCUGCCAGAAUGUGCAGCACCAAUGUUGCCGACAGCUAUCACAGAUCCCGGAGCAAUUUCGUUGCCAAGCCAUCCAUAACGUGGCUGAGGCUAUCAGGCAACAACAACCCCAACAACAAUGGCAGGGUAUGUACCAGCCGCAGCAGCCAGCACAACAUGAGAGCAUUCGGAUGUCGCUUCAGGCCCUGCGGUCGAUGUGCAACAUCUACAUACCGGUACAAUGCCCCGCCCCCACCGCCUACAACAUUCCCAUGGUGGCUACCUGCACUAGUGGUGCAUGCUAGAUGAUCAAUGUAGCGGCCGAAAAAUAAAAAUGCCAUGCAUCAUCAUGUGUGGCAAAUACUAGUUGCAAUAUGGAAAUGAUGAAUAAACGUUCCUGAAUAAAGCAUUUGCCUGAAUAAAACUACAUAUUUCCA